CUUGUGAGCUGCUUAAAAUCAUGCAUAUUCCCUGUUUUGCACAUACGAUAAAUUUAUUAGUGCAAGAUGUGCUAAAGCUGCCAUGCGUUUCCGAAAUUAUUGUGAAGUGCAAGCGCACAGUCGCUUUUUUUAAAGCGAGCAAUAUAGCUUAUGCUAAAUUCAAGGAAGAGCAAGGCGUUAAUAAGCCGUACAGUUUGAUCCAGGAGGUUCCUACGCGUUGGAAUAGUGCUCUCUUUAUGAUGCAGCGUAUUUUGGAGACAAAUGAAGCAAUCUCGAGAGUUCUUUUGAAAACCCCAAAGUCUUUACCGCCGUUUACUGCAGACGAAAUAACACUCAUAAAGGAACUGGUUGAGAUACUUAAUCCAUUUCAGGAUGCAACCGUAUCCGUUUCUGCAGACACAAAAGUGACUAUAUCACUGAUCAUUCCAACAUGCUGUGAGCUGCGCAAACAAAUAUUUGAAAUGAACUCUUUCAUAUCUCCAGAGGCUAAACUAGUCGUCGACUACCUAAGGGUCCGAAUGGCAGAGAGAUUUUCACAGUACGAGGAGCGUACCGCGACAAGGCUUGCAACCAUUUUGGACCCACGGUUCAAAAAGGAUGGAUUCCUGCAGCCAUCAAAUGCUGAGCAGGCUAAAAAAGCCUUAGAGUUAGAAGUCUCCACAUUUUUGUCAAAAACAACACCACGUCCACAGCCAACACCACCACAACCCAAACGCUUUUCCUUCAUGAGUCAAAAGCUGGAGGAUAAAGUAAAAUCAAAUAAAGCUGACGCCAUAAUUCUUUUGCGCCAAUAUUUUGAAACGGCGCAUGAAGCUGAAGAAGUCAAUCCACUUGACUAUUGGAAGGAGCAUACAAAGGAUACGACAGCUUUAGCAAUAUUAUCAAAGAAGUAUUUUUGCGUACCAGCGUCUUCCUGCGCUUCUGAACGAGCGUUCAGCAAAGCUGGACAAAUUGUAUCGGACAGGAGAUGCGCUUUAAAAUCGAAUAUAGUAGAUAAGCUACUUUUUCUCAACAAAAAUCAAAAACAAUGAUCUCUUAAUAAAUUUGUUAAGUUUUAA